AUGUCGAAAAUGCAAUCGCACCAAGCCGGAAUUGAGCUCACAGUCAAAUCCAUGGUGCUGUUUUUCUGGAAGCCGUAUUUGACACCCUUGACUGAGAACUGGAGAAUCGUGAUGCGAUUGAUUGGACCGACUGAGUACGGAGACAUGCGAGCUGGGUUUAGAGAGAUCCGCUCCGCGACGAUCGCGUGGGAGCAGACCCAAGGCAUCUCAGCCAAGGACAAGGCAUCCAAAUACGCAGGCCCCAGAGCAGCAGCAACCACUACCCCUCAGGCGACCAACACCACCACCGCCACCGCUCCCGCCGCCAUUCCCAUGAUGACUACCACUUCCAAUAAGAGGGACCAGAAGAAGAACAAGCCCGACCAAAAGUACGCGCCCACCUUACUCCUCCCCAAGACCGACUUCCCCCUCCGGGCCGACGCCGCUGUGCGCGAGCAUCAGUUCCGUCAACGCUGCACCACAGACUUGUACGCCUGGCAGCGCGAAAACAAUGGCGGAGAGUUGUUUGUCUUGCAUGAUGGCCCCCCCUAUGCGAAUGGACAUUUGCAUCUGGGUCAUGCACUUAACAAACUUAUCAAGGACUUUGUGAACCGCCAUAAGGUCAUGCAGGGCUUUCAAGUCGAUUACCGCCCCGGUUGGGAUUGCCACGGCCUCCCCAUUGAACUCAAGGCACUCGCAGAACUAAAGGUCACGGACCGGUCCAACCUCUCCCCGACCCAGGUCCGCGCAGUAGCCCAGGCAACCGCCCAAUCAGCCGUCGAUUCUCAACGUCAAGAGUUCUCGUCCUAUGCAGUGAUGGGCGACUGGGCGAAUGGGUACAAGACCAUGGACAAGGACUUUGAGACCCGUCAGUUGAGGGUCUUUUAUGAGAUGAUGAACAAGGGGCUGAUUUAUCGGGCUAAUAAGCCUGUGUACUGGUCCCCUUCGUCCAAGACUGCGCUUGCGGAAUCCGAGUUGGAGUACAAGGAUGAUCAUCGAUCGCGGUCGGCUUGGGCUGUAGUAUGGACGACUACACCCUGGACCUUACCGGCCAACAGAUGUGUGGCCGUUCACCCCAAAAUGAACUACACCCUGUUCAAGUCCAGCAUUGCCACGGACCCCAACACCGUCUACCUCGCCGCGACCGAUCGUAUGGAUGAGAUGAAGGUCCGCUUCACCCCUCCCAAGCCCAAGACUGGCACCACCACCACCACCGGUGACGCCGCCGUCAAAGUCGUCUUUGAGACCCUUGGGCAGUUGUCUGGGCAAGAUCUGGUCGGAAGUCGCUACCAGCAUCCUCUCACGGGCGAGACGUCGUUGCCCUUCAUUGCGGCAGACUAUGUCACUUCCGACUCUGGUUCUGGUGUUGUCCACACCGCUCCCGGUCAUGGUAUGGAUGAUUUCAAGGCUUGUUUCCCCCUUGGCAUUGAAGCGUUCUGUCCUGUUGAUGGUAACGGUGUCUUCACUGCCGAGGCCGGUCCUGAACUCGAGGGACUCCCUGUUCAGACAGACGGUACGGUCAAGGUCCUGGAGAUGCUGGUCACUCGCAACAGUUUGAUCCAGGAGCAGGUCUACGUCCACAAGUACCCGUACGAUUGGCGGACCAAGAAACCCGUCAUUCUCCGCGCGACCUCGCAGUGGUUCGCAAAUGUCGGCACCAUCAAGGAGGACGCCCUCAAGGCGAUCGAGAAAGUCAGAAUUGUCCCCGAGGGCGCUCGUCGUCGUUUGGAGGGAUUUGUGCUGUCGAGGUCGGAGUGGUGUAUCUCGCGUCAGAGAUCGUGGGGUGUUCCUAUCCCUGUGAUGUAUAACGUCGAGACGGAUGAGCCCCUGUUGACAAGGGAGUCUGUCCAGCAUGUCAUUGAUCUGGUCAAGGAGCAUGGCGCCGAUGUUUGGUGGUCACUGUCGACUGAGGAGUUGUUGGCGCCCCAGUACAGGAAUGAUGGAAACACGUACCGCAAGGGUACCGAUACCAUGGAUGUGUGGUUCGACAGCGGCACCAGCUGGACCAUGAUCGAGGAAAAAAUGCCACGCCCUCACCUCCCUUUUGUUGCAGAUGUCUACUGUGAAGGAUCGGACCAGCACCGUGGUUGGUUCCAGUCUUCAUUGUUGACCUCUGUCGCCUUAACUGGCAAGGCACCCUUUGGAACGUUGAUCACACACGGGUUCCUGUUGGACGCCAAGGGGUUCAAGCAGUCAAAGUCUGUCGGUAACACGGUCGACCCGGCGGUGGUCAUCAACGGUGGCAAGAACUUGGCCAAGGAACCUGCUUAUGGCACGGACGUGCUGAGACUCUGGGCGGCGUCGUCCGAGUACACCAAGGACAUUGCGAUCGGAUCGACUAUUUUGCAGCAGGUUGCUGAGGGCAUGCGCAAGUUCCGAACCACGGCUCGGUUUAUGUUGGGUAACUUGAAGGGCUUCAAGGAAUCCGAGGCGGUGCCCUAUGAGGAAUUGAGUCGGUUGGACAAGUUUAUGCUCUCGGAGGUAUACCAGUUCUGCAAGAGCGUCAAUGCCGGCUACGACGAGCUCAUGUUCAACAAAGUAUACGGCCAGCUGCAGUACUUCAGCAGCACGACGCUCUCCUCAUUCUACUUGGACGUUAUCAAGGACACCCUCUACUCCAACGCCGAGUCUAGCCCCGCCCGCCGAGCAAUCCAGACGGUCCUCUUCCAUGUCCUCACAGCCUUCAACAAGGCCAUUGCGCCACUUGCCCCACACUUCGCCGAAGAGGUCUAUGACCGCUACCGUGAAUGCUUCACCUCCGAGCAGCCGACAGUCUUCCGUACGGGCUGGUUGGAUUUUGUCCCCGAGGAGUGGAAUAAUGCUGAGGUGAGAGAGGAGUUUUUGGUGGUGAAACAGUUGAGGACGGAGGUGAAUCAGCUUCUGGAACAGGCGCGCGCGAGUAAGGUAAUUGGACCGUCUCUUGAAGCCGCUGUUGAGAUCCAAGUUCUCUCUCCAUCGUCGUCAGAGAAAGGGAAAGAGGAGUCAGCUUCGUCGACGGGUUGGAGCAAAGUUGUCGAGACGUAUGCCGAGGAUUUCUCAAAACUGUUCAUCACCUCAGAGGUCAAGGUCACCAAGCACCAGCAGGACGAAUUUCAGACGCCUGAAUCAAACGCUGGCGCAGGCGUGUUUGUGAAGGAAUUGACAUCGUUCUCUGAAGGAGAAGCUGACGCAAAUGGGCCUCGAUAUCGAUUGAUGGUCAAGAAGGCCAGUCUGUUCAAGUGCCCCCGCUGCUGGACAUUCACUGCCCAGAGGGCUGAUUCUCUUUGUGGACGAUGUGGCCCUGUUGUUGCUGCCUUGGAGAACUAG